UUGAGGUCAACGUAGAUCGGGCCAUUUACGGCCAGGGGCAGUACAAGUUCUUCACCUUCCUUGAAAUGUGGCGCUGGUACAGCCUGCAUAAACGCUACCAGGCUGACCCACAAGCUGUGAGUGAACAAGAAAGGAAGACGGUGCGGGAUGCUCAUGCCGCUGUGAAGCAGUGGCUGCUAAAAAAGGAGGGUGACAUCACCACCAAGUCCCUCAAGCGCUUCCGGCUGUACAUUUUGGAGAAAGAGAAGUCUCAGUCGGGCGCAGCACAUCCUGCUGCCACUCCAUCUGCUCCUCCUACAGCCACUCCAUCGGCUGCUGCACCUGCUGCCGCUGCUCCAUCUUGCGCGUGGAGGUGUGAUGAUGAUGACCACAUGCUGGAUGCCCUCGUCCCCUUUGAGAGUAGUCAAGGGAAGCCAGCUGACGAGCUGUCCACCAGCCAGCCACAGCCUCCUGCUGCCGCUGCUCCUCCUGCGUCUCCUGAGCCUCCACUCCUCGCUGCAUCUGAGAAGCGGGCCAAGAAGUCCGCCAAGAGUCAGACACAGAAGACCGCACCGGCCUCCAAGUCCGCAAAGAGUCAGACACAGCAGCCAGCGCCGCCGUCGCCCAGUCAGCCUGCGGCCAAACCGUCCUCCAGGUCCACAAAGCGUCAGACACAGCAGCCCAAGCCAUCCACCGAGCAGCCUGCGCCCAAACCGCCCUCCAGGACCUCCAAGCGUCAGACACAGCAGCCAGCGCCAUCCUCGCCCAGUCACCUGAGACGUCCACCAGCCUGCUCCUGA